AUGUUCCGAACAACCUCCACCACGGCAACAAGCAAAAAAGACAACACCGAUUCAGGGCCACUAGAAGGUAUUACCGUGGUCAGUCUAGAGCAGGCCGUAGCCGCACCAUUCUGCACCAGGCAGUUAGCCGAUCUGGGAGCUCGAGUCAUCAAAGUCGAGCGUCCACAAGUGGGCGAUUUUGCGCGUGGGUAUGACACGAGAGUCAAUGGGCUGGCGUCACAUUUUGUCUGGAUCAAUCGAUCAAAGGAGUCCUUGGCACUAGAUGUGAAAAACCCGAAGGAUCAUGAUGUACUUAUGCGCCUUGUUUCUCGUGCGGAUGUCCUGGUGCAGAAUCUAGCUCCCGGUGCGAGCACGCGACUAGGCCUAUCGCACGAGGCGUUGAAAGAGAAAUAUCCAUCUCUGAUUGUAUGCAACAUCUCGGGUUAUGGUGAGGACGGCCCAUACCGAGACAAGAAGGCAUAUGACUUGCUUAUCCAGAGUGAAGCUGGCAUGCUCUCAGUGACUGGUAGCAAAGAUGAACCAGCCAAGGUUGGCAUAUCCAUUGCUGAUAUUUCCGCGGGCAUGUACGCCUAUUCCAACAUCCUGACCGCACUCAUGCAACGUGCCAAGACUGGAAAAGGACGGAAAAUAGACAUUUCUAUGUUGGAAUGUAUGGUGGAGUGGAUGGGCUUUCCGCUCUAUUACACCUACGGCAACACCCCCGGGCCUGCGCGAGCCGGUGCAUCUCAUGCUGCUAUAUACCCAUACGGCCUUUUCAAUACGGGCGAUGGCCGUCAAGUGAUGUUGGGUAUUCAAAACGAACGCGAAUGGGCUAAUUUCUGUGAAAAGGUAUUGCGUAAGCCGGAAAUUGCCACCGAUGCGAGAUUCGUGAAUAAUUCCCUUCGAACCCAAAACCGGGACGCUCUCAAGGAUAUCAUCCACGACUCGUUUUCAGCUCUCACUGCGGAGGAAGCCAUUCAGCUAUUGGAAACAUCAAGCAUCGCCAAUGCCAAUGUUAACUCGAUGCACGAUGUCUGGGAGCAUCCACAGCUAAAAGCGCGGGGACGGUGGACUGAAGUUGAUACUCUUAAGGGUGUUGUUCCAGCUUUGUUGCCUCCUGGAUUCAUUGACUCUAAUGCGCAGUUUGGGUCGGUCCCUGGGGUUGGAGAGCAUAAUGAUUCCAUAUUUAAGGAGUUGGGUAUCACUAAGAUAGAUUAA